CCUGUUGCUUUGGGUGUUAUCGGAAGAAAUUUUCGAUGAAAAUUUUUAAUGGUGUCCCCAAGAAAUGGCUUGAAGUCAUGUGAUACACUGCUGAGUAGAGGCUGGCUUUACGCGUGUCAACUGAGAAAUAUUAAAGAGUCUUCCCUGGAGAGAUUGCUUGAGUUUGAUCCUGUACUUCUGUAAGGCCACAGACAGGACAGAGGCUGUAAUCCCUAAACGACGUCGUACCGAUAACACUGGAGACUGGCGACAAGACUAAUGGGGACACGGAGAUAACACGCAUGACGUCAACCACGAGAAAACCGACCAGUAUUGCCUGGCUCUUUAAGAUAAAGAUGGCUCCUGGGGAAUCGGCAAGAAUAUCGGAGAAUCAAUCGCUGUUGUGGCGUAAAGAUAUGAAACAGCAAUACUGUAUGUCAGGAUGAAGACUAUUUCACUUUUAUCAAUUAGUUCACAGACAAUACUGCUGUGAAUCAGAUAAAAGCCAGCGAUUCAUCGUUGCCGGGUUUCAAAAAUAUAUCGAAAUGGCCUCGAUUACGAAGCGUUUUCUGCGAGGCACAUCUCUUUUGGAAUGUUUGGUAUCUUCAGUAACGUUGUGGGUGUCGGUGUUCGCUUUCUUGCUAUCAUCAAGAACUGAAGCCAAGCAAGACCUUUACAUCGGUGGGUUCUUCCCGUUAGAUAACGUCAAUUGGGAUGCAGCGGGUUUGAUUCCGGCGGCGGAAAUGGCGAUUGCAGAUGUAAAUAAGCGAACAGACCUACUGGCGGACUACGAGCUCCAGAUGGAAUGGAACAACACUAAGUGUGACGCUGGAGUAGGCAUGGCCAGCCUCUUCGAUCAAAUUACAGCCAGUACGAGGAAGGUGAUGUUGCUGGGCGCGGGCUGCACUCUGGUAACGGGCCCCAUGGCGGAGACGGCACAGUACUGGAAUCUCGUACAGGUCUCCCAUUCCUCAUCCUCACCUAGUCUCAACAACCGGGGUAAAUACCCCCUGCUCUUCCGCCUGUACCCUUCCGAGGAGUCGAUGAACUACCCGAGGCUGGCUCUGAUGAAACAGUUCGGGUGGAAGAAGGCCGCUUUGCUGCACUCCUCCGAGGGAGGGUUCUCUAUGGUAAUUCAGCACAUGCGAGACCUUCUCAUACAGAAUUCCAUGGUACCAAUGUUGUCGGAGAGUUUCACCGGCGACCCGACCUCAGCGCUUGAGAACAUUAAGGUAAAAGAGGCCAGGAUCAUCAUCGCCAAUAUGUUCGAGUCUACAGCACGUGGGGUUUUCUGUAAGGCACGGGGUUUAGGUAUGACAGGCCCUGGGUAUAUCUGGAUAAUUCCUGGAUGGUUCAGCGACGAAUGGUAUCUCGAGGACGAUACCACGUGCUCUCCGACGGAAAUGACCGAAGCUGUCUCCGGUUAUAUCUCCAUGGAGACGCAAGCUGUAGACGCAAGUGCUAAAGUUACAAACAGCGGACGGACGCCCGCUGGGUUUCUUGCCGACUACCAAACGGCGGUGGCUAGCACGAGCUACACUGCACACGACUUGGCUCCGUUUGCCUACGACUCCGUGUACACGAUCGCCCUGGCUCUCAACGCCUCUAUAAACCCUUUAGGACAGAUCGGGGCACGACUGGAGGAUUUUGAAUACACCAGGUCCGAUAUUGCUCACGUCUUCUUCACCGCUGUCAACAACUCCAACUUCGCAGGAAUUACGGGACCAAUUCGGUUUGACAUCAACGGAAAAAGACUCGGAUACACCAAAAUCGAGCAGCUGCAAGAUGGCGUGGAAGUCCCCAUAGCUACGUUCGACGAUUCUCUUCUGAGUUUUGUGAAGCUGAACGAGUCCGCUUUUAUCUGGUCGACUGAGAAUGGAGAACCGCCGCCAGAUGGCCCUCUGAUGGUAGAGGAAUGGCGGACCGUCUCACUUCCGCUCGUGAUCACCAUGACGGUGUUAGCUGUGGCUGGGGUACUAUUCGUCAUCUUCCUGCUCGUAAUAAACAUCAUGUACAGAGACAGACGUAUCAUGAAGUUAUCAGCCCAAACCUGAACUACCUUAUAUGCGUCGGCUGUUUCUUCAUGUACGACUACGUCAUUUUCCUGGGUCUGGAUUCCACGCUGCUCAAACUGGAUGAGAAGCCAUCAGCGUUCUUUUCUGUGACCUGUUUGGUAAAACAGUGGCUGCUACCCAUAUCAUUUUCCCUCACCUUUGGGGCUACAUUUGCCAAAGCCUGGAGAAUACACAGAAUAUUUUCCAAUUCAAAGAUGAAGAAACGAACAAUCCGAGACUCCCAGCUUAUGAUUAUAGUCAUGGUGCUACUCUUUAUCGACGCCAUUUUAUUGGUCACGUGGGACGUAAUAGACAGGCCAAUUGGCUCCAACAUCAGUCUACCACAGGAGUCCAAAGACCGUGACGUCGUCAUCCUUCCCCACAUAGAACACUGUUAUUGUCGGCAAGAAAACAUCUGGAUCGGGGUGUUUUCGGCUACAAGGGUUUACUACUGCUGUACGGAGCUUUCUUGGCGUGGGAGAAUCGUGUGGUAAAGAUAGACGUGCUAAGCGAUGCCCGAAAUAUUGGCAUCACCAUCUACAGCACUGUAGUACUAUGCUGUGUUGUGGCUCCAGUCGCCGUCGUGUUCAACGAGGAGUUAGACUUUGCUUACGCCAGUUUGGCCGGCAGUAUUAACUUUGCUACCACUGUGAUGUUAGCAUUGUGUUUUAUACCAAAGGUUCACAUUAUUUUCACGAACUCAGUAUCAACAGAAAAUAUCAUCGUGGCUAACAUGAUGACGAUGUCACAGCGACAGGGGGAGAUGAAUACAGAAGACAGGCUGAUAUCAGAGCUAAAGCAAAAGAUAAAAGAGCUCGAGACGGAAAAUAUCAGGUUAAAACAAAGUGGAAAAAUAUACAGUCCGAAGGCAAACACUGAGCGUCGAUUUAAAAACGACAACGGAUGUUCAUUGGUUAAAUACAGCAACAACAAAGGGACACAACUUGCGAUUGAGUCAGCAGUAGAUGAAAACACAGUUAUGUCGCCUGCGGAAGUAAACGGGCAAGGCUCGAGUAGCCAAUCAGAAAAACCUGACAGCACCACGUGAUGAAAAAGCGUACUUUGCAUAUUUCAUCGCUUUUGUUUUUAUUUUUUCUUUGUGGUUUUGUUUUUAAUUGUGUGUGUUUUGUUAUUGACAUAUCUUUUGCACGUUAGUGUAAACUUUUGUUACUCGUAAUGU